AUGUCCGCAGAAUAUGCAGUACGUUCGUAUGAUCAGGCCCACGUGUUGUGGCAGGUGUCUACAAUCUCCGUGAUGGUGGCAUGCCUGGUGGCGGCGGCAACAGCGGCCCCCGACCUGUCUUACCUUCCCCCGGCUGCUGGGGGCGGCGCUGGGGGUGGCGCUGGGGGUGGCUACGGUCGCGGAGGACCCGGCGGCGCCGGUGGUGGCGGCGGUGGCGGUGAUGGACCAUCGGAGCCGGCCAACUACGAGUUCUCCUACGAGGUGCAGGACGCGGCCGCAGGGCUCGACUUCGGCCACAAGGAGUCCCGCCAGGGUGACGUUGCCAACGGCAUGUACCACGUGCAGCUGCCCGACGGCCGCCAGCAGCGCGUAGAUUACGUGGCCGACGAGCAGGGCUACCGGCCCAACGUCAAGUACGAGGGCACCGCUACCUUCGGCGGCCCCGGAGGCGGUGCCGGCGGCGGCGGCGGCGGCCGCGGAGGCUUCGGAGCGGAGGCAUCGCCCCCAACGGAGGCUACCAGUACUAGCAGCCCGAGCGGCGGAGGCGGAGGCGGCGGCGCGCGCCGAGUAGGCGCCAUCUGA